CUGGUACCUACUGAGAUGACAUGUCAGGCCCUCAUCCCCCCCUUCUCACAGUGCAUCUUGUCUCCUCAGGUAGCGACUCGGCGGUGGAGCAAAGACGUGGACCGCUCCAGGUACGGCCCCCGCGUGCACGUCUGCAAAAACCCAAAUCUGAGUCCCAUCGCAGAGAAGCCGUCCCCCCCCAGACUGACUCCAACUGUUCAACAGGACCCCCCCCACAGCUGCACAGCUCCAAAUCACGAGACCCACUUGAACACUGAGUUUUUCAACGAUACUCAAGCGACUGUCGACCUGACAAACGUGCUGGAAGAUCCUUCAGAAGACGCUGUCACAUCUCCACCCUCCUGUACAGAAAGCGCCAUAGGGAAGAGCAGGAAGGCGUCGGUACAGAGGGAGAGGAGCAGUGGACCGAAGAAUAUGAAGGUCAGUUGUGCUGAGGACUUCCUGCUCAUUAACCAGACUGAAGGAACCACAGAGGAGCUGCGUGAAGACCAACACACUACAAACCAAGAGGCAUCCAGGGAGACCCCGGUGCCAGAGGAAGAAGUAGACGCUGAACAAAACCUCCACACUGCUGCACAGACUCCCUGCACAGACUCUGAGGGAAAGUUAGAAAAUCAUGGCAGUGUCGACGCUCCAAACUCAGGGGGAGGGUCUCGCAAGACUUUGACGGUUCAGAGGAAAACCUCUCGGGGCAGGAAGUGCUCUCGAAACAUCUGUGUGAAGAUGAAGCAGGCAGAGCCGCUUCAAACGCUCCCUGACGAGGCGCAGGAACAGGAAGACAACAUCCGGUCUAGCUCCGACAGCCAGGAGGAGGUGGUGGGGGUGGCCCCUGUGAACCCGGCCCCCGUGAACCCGGCCCCCGUGAACCCGGCCCCCCUGCACCCGGCCCCCCUGCACCUGGCCCCCGUGAACCCGGCCCCCGUGAACCCGGCCCCCGUGAACCCGGCCCACGUGAACCCGGCCCCCGUGAACCCGGCCCCCGUGAACCUGGCCCCCCUGAACCUGGCCCCCUGGCAGGAUUACUUACAUUUUGAGGACGUGUUCAAACCUGUGGCCAGCAGAGGGCGCCGCACGGUGCGCCGCAGCCUAAGGAACCAUGGCGGAGUGAAGCAUGACGGCUCAGCGGGGGGGAUGGUCUGGAUCCCCCACACCUCCCCUGAGAGCCUAAAAGAGUCCCGCAGGAAGACCAGGGGCCGGCAGCUCAAAGCUGCCCCCCCUCUCUGAAACUCCCUGAAGAAACCCUCAUGAGACUUUCAAAACUAACACCCAUCACACAUUCUUGCAUAACCCCCCCCCCCCCCCCCCA